AUGUUCAAGUCUCUCUCAGAGGCUCCUCGGAUAGCUCAUUUGAAGCGAAGACGAGUCGUGGAGAUCGCAGGUCCAGAUGCCAAAAAAUUCAUCAAGGGGUUGUUCUGCAACGAAGUGGAUGAUGUAGGUGGUGGUUACAGCGGGUUCCUCAAUGCUUCAGGCCGGGUCGUUCACACCACGUUCAUUAUACCUGCCAAAAGCUCUACACCGACCUAUCUCAUCACCCACAAUCCCGCCUCCUCCGACACUAUACCACCGCUUGCCCAAGUCUUGGCACCAUUCAAGCUUCGCUCAAAAGUCAGAAUCAAAGAUGUGACUGAUCGAUAUGACGUUUAUCAAGCUUGGGGAGGUCCACUCAGCGGCGAUUCCUCAAGAGAACCUGUCAGAAGCUGGAAGUUUGGAAGUGGAGGUGCAGCCGAAGCUUCGUGGAAUUGGCCGCAUGGUCUCCCAGUGAUGGGCCUUGAUGACGCAGAGUCUGGAUGUUGGGAUCUGAGAGCUGGCUUCCAUGGUGGGAUGGGAAGGCACAUCGUCGUACCUAAAGGCUCAAGUCCGAGUUCGUCCUCCAAUCACGAGAAGAGCGCCGAAGAUGACUUUGACCUGCAUCGUAUGCUGCUCGGCGUGCCCGAGGAUCAAGUGGAGAUCCAUCCUGGGAAUUCCCUCCCCUUAGAGAGCUGUAUGGACAUUCAUGCAGGAGUCGACUUUAGGAAAGGUUGCUACCUAGGUCAGGAGUUGACUGUCAGAACUUAUCAUACCGGGGCCACUCGAAAGCGCAUAUUGCCAAUCUCCUUAUUCCCCAUCCCUGUCAAUGAGGCGGGAGGCGACCUUUCGGAUCUGAUCCCGAGGCCGCUGGACAAAACGCUCGCCAGGGCGAUAUCUCCAGAUGCCGAGAUCACAUACCACCCACCGCCCGAUGCCCCGUCUCAAAAGCCCAGACCAGCAGGCAAGAUUCUUUCAGUCCAUCCGACAAUUUCACAGGUCGGGCUCGGAAUGGUUCGUCUAGAAUUUGCGGAACGAGCCUGGUGGAGUCGGGAUGUGGCGCAUCUUGGUCAAUGGCUGGCAGGUGGGAGAUUGACCACGACCGUCAACGGCACAGAGCUAGGGGUCUACGUCGACACUGGAGAAGCCUAUGACUCCGCUGUAUCUCGGUUGCAACUCGCGGAGCAAUAG